AUGGUGGUCAGUGCACUUGAUGAAAAGUUAAAAUGGUGCGAUCUAUACUCACCGAUUGAUGCAUCCACUACUUCAGUGCUUUUCCACAGGAUAAGUACCGUAGAGGAGACGGUUCUGCACGAUGAAAUUUCUUGCGUGCUAAGAAAUGCAAGUAUUUCACGCAUUUACUACAAUAAGUCUUCUAUAGAAGAACAUUUUGCCUCCCCUAGAGGACCUGCAUGUUUCGAAAUAAUUAGAACGCUGGAGAAGCAGAAAAUUCACAAAAAAUCUCGUGUAGCUGUGGUCAUGCUGAGCGCAGCUUUUUGCGAUGUUGACUCAACAUCUACACUACUUGCAAGAAGAAAUUUCCCUUCGGCAGUGAACUUCUGGAAAUUAGUGCCUUGUUACAACUGCUCUUUCGUUGUUAAUUCUUACGAAACUGGUCGAGGAGUUUUUGUGCAUCUCAUAACCCUACCAUUCAUCAACGCCACUCGCCCCAUCCCUGAUAUGAACGCAGUCCAUACUGUUGCGAGUGGUAUAGCCGGAUUCAAGGCUGCGGGCGCAGAGAAAUUGUAUGUACAAUUAGGAGCUCCAGAUGAAAUACGCAAACAUUCAGGUUGGGAGAAGGGAGGCAACAUUGCUGCGCUGGUUACGCUUAUUUUCAUGUUUUUUCUCAUGUCAUUAUUCGUCUGUUGUUGUGCUUUUACUCAAUCAGCUUUUAUUAUAGAAGAUUUCAAUUAUCGCGACGACUUUCAUGUAAAUUGGAGAGAUGUGGAUAACAAUAUGAAUGGAGUUAACCUCCAAGCUGAUGCUCAGCUUGACGCCACUAUGCACAGCGAUGCCACUCAGACUACUAUAGGUGAAUCCCAACAUCAAGCCGGAGAAGAAAAAGCACUGGAGGAAAACUCCGCUGCUCUAGCUUCGAACUCGUUUUGUACGUUCUAUGCUGUAACUGUUGCUGAUGUGUGUUUCGACUCGCACACAGUGCCGUCUCUCUCUCGAUACCAGGUCUUUCCCCCACCUAUCGAUCAGAAAACGGUCACAUACUUUCGCCAGUCGUCAGCACUGCCAUCAGCAGAAGUACCACCAAAAAUGUCAACGGAAAAUAGCGACAACAGUGCAAAGAAGAAGUUAGGUCGGCGUUCACUGCGGACUCCUUUGCAUGGAAACUGUCAAGUAUGUGGGCAGCCAGGUCAUGGAAGUCACUUCGGAGUCUUGACGUGCAGAGCGUGCGCAGCGUUCUUUAGGCGAACAGUCGUUAUGAACCGGCACUAUUCCUGCCGACGAGCAAACGGUUCAUGUCAAAUCUCAAAGGAUGAGAGAUAUUUAUGCAGACUGUGUCGAUAUAACAAAUGUUUGAGUCUUGGAAUGACUCCCGAAAAUGUUCAAUGGAAUCGAGAUGUGCUUUCGACAACGGUUGGAGGAAGAAAAGUCAAGAAGAUUACUCAGCUUGCGAGCGACACCGAUGAUCGAGACGAUUAUCAGCCGCAAGGGUUAUCUAAAUCGAUGACACUAACAAGCGAGAGCUCUCUGGAGGAAUGUGAAACAUCUGCAACAUGUGUCACAACCUUUGUAGACGUAAAGCCGGGAAACGAACCCACUUCAUCGCAAAUUUCCGAAUCUGCUACGGACACAGAGCUCGACAGUUCUUCUAUAUCUCUAAGGAGUGUGGGUCGCCCUGUUGUUCGAUUUGAUAUAUCACCUAUAAUGGAGAAGUUGAAACGAGUACUAACAGAGUUUCGACCGGACGAUAAUCUGCCGGAUCGACCUCUGGAGCGCAUGCAUCAGGCACUUCUAAGACAUCGGAGAUUUCAAUUAAGAGAGCCCGAUAUUAAGGUGAUUUCUUACAUAACAUUCGCAGAAGUGAUUUUUUCCUGGGAAAAUCAUCUUUACAACAUAGGCGAGUGGUUGAUGCAUUGCAAAGAGUUUGCACAGUUGCCUUUGGAAGAAAAGCUGGUAAUUUUUAAAAGCUCGUGGAUUAUUUGGCAGCGAUUCGAACGAGUGGCCAUGUCAAUCGAAAUAUUCGGAUGGAGGGCAGUGACAGAAAAGUUGGUGGCAAUGUCGGCCACUACAGCUGUCGCUCUAGACAAAAUAGAGUGUGAAAUGAGUACUUUAACCGACUAUGAUCCUACAUAUAUAAAAAGUUUAUUUGAACCAUUUGUCGGGCGACUGAACGAAGAGGUUACAAAGACUUGCUUGGAACUGAGUAUCACAGCCACUGAAGUCGUCUACAUUCUUUGCACAUUGGUGUGGCACGUAGAAGGCAGAGCUGUUAGUCCAGAAACAUCUCUCGUUUCGGAAUCAUAUAGGGAAAGCAUAUCGGAUGACUUGCACAAUUACUAUGUUGUAACAAUGAAGACCCCGAAUUACGCAGCCCGUCUCAUCAAGAUCAUGUCUAUAGUACAUUGUUUGGAGAACAUUCAUUAUGAAAGGUCAAAAGUGAUGGAACUGGCCCGUAUCUUCGAUGUUUUCAAAGUGGAGGUUUCAGAGAAGGGAAUGUUCGAUUGUUGAGUCAUAAUUUAUAACUGUUAUGCAGCUUUCAAUCUUCAGUGUGUGAAAUUUGUUUGGAAUAAAUCACGCUCUGGAUC